GAGACCUUCUCUCUCUCUGUCUUUCUCAGGCACGGACGCACACACGCGCACCACUGAAAAGUUAGAACAAAGUCUCUUAUCUCCGACAGGCUAAGAGCCACCCACUGCACACUCCCCUGAGGGCACUGGACCCCUGCUCCCUCCCUCUCUCUUUUAGUCACUCGUUCACUCUUUCAACCACUAACUCAUACUCAUAUUUAAUCAAUCCAAAUUUUCAGCAGCUUUGGCAGAGAGGAGGUACAGGAAUACAGGAAUCUGCUAUACUCUCUGCUAUACUCUCUGCUAUACGCUAUACUGUCCGACAGCAUGUGGAUUCUCCUGCUUGGACUCACCUUUGGAUUGGUGUCCCCCUCUUGGGCAGACUUUCCCCAAGAAGUGAAGCUACGAAGCUGCAGUUAUGCAGGAGUAUUCCUUAUUGAGGGGAACGAUCGAUACUCUUUGAAAUUUUCUGAUGCCAAGGCCAUAUGUGAUUCAUUGGGAACAGAGUUGGCCAAUAUAGAGCACUUGUCAAAGGCUUAUAAAAUGGGGAUGGAGACCUGCAGAUAUGGCUGGGAUGACAGUCGAAACAUCACUAUUCUUCGACAGGAACCAAAUGAUGUGUGCGCAAAGAACAUGACAGGUCUUCUCAGUUUUGUACCUACAGAUGAGACCUAUGAUGUCUACUGCUAUGAUUCUAAAGAUCAGUCUACUGGCAAAAACUGCACCUUUGAAAUAAGAAAGCCAUCCAGUAAUGUUUCUGACAACGUUGGAGACUCUGAAAGGCGAGAUUCAAACAACAAUGCAAAUUUCUCUACGACUGUUGCUCCAGUAGAGUUGCACAGCUAUAGCACUGUUAUAGAUGCCAUAGAGAAGAUGAAGCCCAAUUCAUCCAGCUUUCCUCACAAGCAUGAUAAAUUAGAAGACACACAGCCUACUACUGAACCUACUACAGAUGAAAGUUCUGAUCUUCCAAAAUUGGAUUUAGGGGAUACAGAGGAAAUGACCACUAUCACAGCUACCCUAGACAGCCUUGGCUCAGGUAUGGGAGAGAUGACCCACACCACCAUAAGUGAAUCAACAUCUGAAGACCCCAAGAUCAUCUCAGAGGAUCAUGGCACAGUUGAAGACAACAUAUCUGAAACAAAUGCCAUAGAAGAUGACAAAAGGAAUACAGAUGACACUGAUCGCAAAGGGCGCAAAAUAGGAGGAGAGAAGGAGAAGACGGAGGAGGAGCCCGGCAGUGAUUGGUUGGUCAUCUUGCUUGUGAUUUUGGCCGUUCUUGCUAUUAUUCUUGUGGCUGCUCUUGUGCUAACAAGGAACAGGUGGUGUGGGAGGAGCCAGACUCUGAUGAUCACCUCUAAGAGCAGCAAUGAGGGCAAUGGGGCAGCAGCAUCAGCAGCCAGCCCCCAGGAUCAGGAGAGAGAGCAAGAGAUGGUGACACUCAUGAACAAAGAGAAGGUCCAGGAAAAUGGCAACACAGAGGAGUUUACUGUGAUCACUCUAGAAGAAUCACCAGAGAAAAACCCGCAAGCAUGAAAGACUAAAAGAAUGAUGAGGUGUGGAUGAGGGGUGGAAGUAUAAGAGGAAAGAGAAAUGCGUCAUAGCUUAAGCCUUGACCAGAGAGAGAGAUAGAAGUCGUGAGACAGGUAAUGAACCAGACACACACAUACUGUUGGUGUGUCUAACAUCUGUAAGGAUUGUAAAAAAAAAAAUCUGUUUUUUUUUUUGUUUGGCCUUUUUAUAUGAAAAACGUUCGAUAGUAAGGCAUCUUCUAUAAUUCCCCUGUAGCUUCAAAACAAAAAAUACGACAAAGUGUUACAAUUUAGACAAAGGCGGAAAGAGAAAGAGUUUUCAAUAUGCCAUGGACACAUCCUAAUUUUAACCCUUAAUAUGGGUUCUUAAUUCUUUCCAGUUUUAUUGUACCUUUGACAUUAAAAGAACCUGAUGGUUAAUAUAGCACAAAUAAAAAUAUUAUUUUGGUUUAAUUUCAUUUUUUUUCCCCAAAAACAAUUAAGACUGACCAACAACACAUUUCUGAACUAUAAUAAAUAAUGUUACGGGAGAAAUAAGCUGGUAGAAACCAAACUCCUGAUUCCAAUAAAAUACUUAAACAGAGAUGAUAUUGCUCACCAGCACAUUUUUUAACUGCCCCAUUUUUAGCCUAUUCCUACUGAUGCCUUUUACCACGGUUAAGACACAUUUAUAAUUUCCUAGUGUCAGUAUUUAGAUGUAAAAACUUGAUUAUAUCUUCAUGCUUUUUUAAAACUCUUUAAUUAUAAUUAUUAUUUAUUUAAACUGGAAUUGUGGGGGAAAUCCAGUUCAACUUUAUUUUAAUUUUGUGAUGUGCAGUGUGUUUAUGGCAUGUUGAUAGGAUAGUAAUAAAAAAGGCUGGUAAAGAUGUAAGGUUUAAAUGCAGGCCUUUAAAAUGUUACAGGAGUGCUACAAUUUCAACUUCAGCGAGGCAGAGAUGCUUAUACAUGUUUAAAACUUCUUUAAAAGUCUUUUGUGACUUUAUUUUUUUAAGCUGUGCGUAAAUUCAAUUUCCCCUGCAAAUGAUGAUUUGUUUGUGUGUUUGAUUGUUUGUUUGUUAUUGCUUGGUUGAUUUUUUUUAUAUUUAAUUUUUUUUUAUUUAUCCUGUAUAUACCACUAUGCCUGUUUACUAUUGUGUUCAACUUGAGAUCGGAAAAGUCAGACUGUCAUAUCCAUUUCUUUGGCCAGUGUAAGUGAAAACCCAUUUGCACCUGUAUUAAUUAUGUAAUAUGAUGCUAUACCAAUGUUUUAAUAUUAAUAUUUUCGAUCUUCAAAAGUCUAUCAAAGAACAUGUUGGAACAACAAAAGCUAAUGAAAAAUUAUAUAUCGAUAUUCUUAUCAUCUGAUCAUGCAUAUGCAAUUUACAUAUAUUUAUUCUCAUGACAGUUGGACAAAAAGUGCCAAUAAUUCAGUGUACCAACAUCUCCAAUGAUUUAUUUUAAGAUGCUAAAAUGAUGUAUUUUAACGUCUAUUCUUUGCACCUUACAUUGCAUCCAAAAGCUUGAAACAUAUGUAUAUAAGCUUUCUCCUUACACACACAUUUCUUAUUGUUCAUAUUUUUUGCUUUGUCUUUUUUAUGAUGGCAUCUACUCUUGAACGUACUUGUUUAAGAAAGAUUAGCAUAUGCAGUAGUGGUAGGAGUGUGUACAUUGAUAAAAUAACAAAUGAGUGUUAAUUAAAAACAGAAUUUUGUGAAGUCCAGGCUAAAAUAAAAAGAAUAAAUGUG